AUGACCGACCUAGAAGCUAACAAGGCCUCAAGCCUGGAGAAUCACCACCACCUCCAGGAACACAAGGUCAGCGAGAAUGGCACGGAGGUCUCGGACUCGAAUGGCGCUUGCCAGGAGGACAAGCACAAGUCGGUUUUCCACCAGCUUGGACUCCUGGAUCGGUUCCUUGCCGUUUGGAUCUUCCUUGCUAUGGCUAUAGGUAUUAUCUUGGGAAAUUUCGUGCCAAGUACUGGUCCAGCAUUGCAAAGAGGGAAAUUCGUUGGUGUGUCUGUGCCGAUUGCUGUCGGUCUACUGGUUAUGAUGUACCCUAUCUUGUGCAAAGUACGAUAUGAAACGCUGCACCGGACCCUUCGACAGAAAGCGUUGUGGGUCCAGGUUGGGUUUAGUAUCGUUGUCAAUUGGAUCGUGGCCCCUCUUUUCAUGUUGGGACUAGCAUGGGCAUUCUUGCCGGAUGAGAAGGAGUUGAGAGAGGGAUUGAUCUUGGUUGGAAUUGCACGGUGCAUUGCAAUGCUAACAAAAGGGAAAAAACGACAGGUGCUCAUCUGGACAGGUCUUGCCGGAGGAGAUAACGAGUACUGCGCCAUUCUAGUCGCCAUCAAUUCCGUAUUACAGAUGGUGCUGUUUGCGCCGAUUGCCAUAUUGUUCAUUGGAGUCAUCAGCGACGACGAUAUCCCCUUGCAGUAUUCACUGGUCGCCAAAAGUGUUGGUGUCUUCCUCGGUAUACCACUCGGCGCAGCCAUAGUGACGCGAUUCGGACUUCGCAACCUGAUCGGAGAAAAAUGGUAUGAUCAGAAGUUCCUGGUGUGGGUCAGCCCUUUGUCCCUCAUUGGGCUGCUCUUCACGAUCAUCGUCUUGUUCGCCUCGCAGGGUCGUCAGGUCGUUCAUCAGAUUGUAUCCGUGGUCCGAGUGGCGGCGCCUCUGAUUGUGUACUUCGCGGUGAUCUUCCUGGCCACACUGGUGAUAACUCGGCGCUGUGGUUUUGGAUACGAACUGUCGUGUACGCAGAGCUUCACAGCAGCGAGCAACAAUUUCGAGUUGGCAAUCGCAGUGGCGAUCGCUACUUUCGGAGUGGAUAGCAAUCAAGCGUUGGCAGCCACUGUUGGUCCUCUCGUUGAGGUUCCCGUGCUGUUGGGAUUGGUGUAUGCAGUCAAGUGGUAUGGCAAGCGGAAUAGUUGGUAG